AUACACGCGCCUUUUCACUUUAUUAAUAGCAAAGGCUCCGCAAUUUCCCUUCGUGUUCUCUCCUUGACUACACACCCUGUAUCUAGCUAUCCUCCUCCUCCUCCUCCUCCUCAAAUAUUCUCCAGCACUGACGAAUCAAUACCCUUUCCCAGCAUCUCACGUCUCUCUUCUAGAACAGCUGCAACUCGGCCUCGGAAUCAAAUAGAAGGAAUAACAGAUGGGUGGUUGUUUUUCUUCCUCUUUCUUGGGCGAAGAUUCAGAGCAAGUUCUUCCUCAAACCGCCAAAGUUAUUUCAAUUCAUGGUGAUCUUCGCGAAUACUAUCUCCCUGCCUUUGUUUCUCAAGUUCUUCAGGCUGAAAUUGCUUCCUCCUCCUCUUCUUCAUCGUCAUCAUCUUGGUUUCUCUGCAACUCCGACCUUCUAUUAUACGAUGAACACAUUCCUGCCCUGGAUUCAGAGGUCCCUCUCCAUGCCGAUCAGAUCUAUUUUGUGCUUCCUAAAUCAAAGCUCCAACACAGGCUAACCUCUUCAGAUAUGGCAACUUUGGCUGUCAAAGCUAGCCUAGCCCUUCGAAACUCCUCUAACAAGGACCCCCGUCGCGGCAAGAAGGCGCGGAUUUCUCCUGUCUUGUUAGUUAAUCCUGAUCAUGAACACCAGGGACAUAACGUUGUCAAAAUCAGCUUUGAUAGGAAGCCAAAGCCACAGGUCCAGCAGCGGCAGCCAGCUAAUCCCAUUGUGUUUUCAAGAUCCGGUUCUGUUAGAAAAUUUCAAAAAUAUACUUCCAGACGAGCAAAAUUGGCUGUUCGUUCAUUUAAGCUCAGAUUAACCACCAUUUACGAAGGGACCGUUCUUUAGUCAAAGAUUCAUUCAUUUCUUUCUUUCUUAGCUUGAUCACGGGAGGAAUGCAAUCCGAUUUUGAAAGAAAACAAAAAACUCAGGAUUUCGUUAGUUUUUUCCUCGCAUAUUAUUUUUCCUUUCAAUUUGUAUCGUAUAAAUUUAUACUCUCUAUGUAAAAACAAUAUCACGCAUAGCUUUUUUUCACACACUUACAGGUGCCUACAUGGACUUUGAUUGUUCGAUAAUUAUCAAUCUUACAGAGGUUUACUUUUCUUA